CUCAGAGUGCCAGUCGUCGAUGCAAAAGGUCCUGUAGAUAUCCUUGACCCUCUGGUUGCACUGGGCCUUAGCAUUGUCGGACUGUAUCCUGUUCAUGGCACCAAGCUUUCUGAUCUCAUCCAUCAGAUUCCUGAUAUAACUGGCAUCGGAGUUUCCAGCGGGGCGAAGUGUCCUGUAGUGGGAGGUCCUGCCAAUGAAAAGUUGGGCUGCAGUGGACCCAUCAUCGAUAGCCGGCGUGCUGCUAUAGAUUGUAUCCGUGGCUACAUCUUCGUGUCGUCUUGGGAUAUUCAGGAUGGGGUUGGGAGACACGAUCUGACCUCUAAGUGUCCUUCCCUGAGUGGCGCCCUUGGUUCCAUACUGAGUGGUAGCAUCGAGAGUUCGCUUGAUGGUCUCAUCGGCAACUCCUGGGAAGAACCUCCUGAGUGUGGCUGUGCUCUGAGUCUUGAUCUUCUUGACUUGGGUGGGAACUCAAGGACCGGUGUGGUGUUGGCCUUGUUGUUGGACAGAAGUGGUUCCAUGUCCGCGUCGUCCGAUACAGCCUUAACCUUUGGCUUAGCUUGUGUUGAAGGUGGUCCUGAACAAUCCUCCCAGCACCUGAUGACAAAGGGGCUGCCAAAGGGUGGGGCGGGGGGUAGUGCCGGCGCCGGCGUUUGGCCCGGGUUUGUACAUGGCAUUGCCAUGGAGUAUCAGGAUCAGGAGCAUAACCGUCACUGUCAUCCGAGGAGUCUGGGUCAUAACCGUGGGAUGCCCGUUCUGUGA